GGUAAGCGAGCAAGCACAAGGUCCAGCCACUGUGUGCAGCCAUGCAUGCCAGCUUCAGUGGGGCAGGCAGCUCUAGGCGCCGACACAGGCGCUGGCUCUCUGCAAGGCUGCGACUGGACCAGGUGUACUACAAGUGGCUUCCACUGUGGGCACCAGGGAAUGCGGUGGCACCCAGAAGCUUGAAGAUGCCAGGAACCACAGAGCCCCAAGAGGGUGUCACAUCCCUGGCUUGGGGUGCUCCUAGGUCUGGAAUCCCUGAAGGGCUGCAGCUCUUCUCUCCUUCUUUAUUCUCUUCUUGUCACCUGCAACGUGGUUGUCCUGAUGAGUGUGCAGCUCUUAGCAGAGAGGAGACCCAGAGUUGGUCUAUAUGCAGGCAUGUUGUUUCGACGUCUGCACGGCCCUCAGCAGAAAGGAGACCCAGGGUCUGUAGCUCCUAUGGGCAGGCAGGUGGCCCUGUUGUCUCUGAAGCCCUCAGCCGACAGGAGACUUUUCUACCCAAGAGCCUGUCUGCCUCCUGCCGUCAUCAACCUGCUGUGCAUGGCGCCCAGGCUGUUCCUGCGGAAAGGCGCCUUCAGGCUCAUGUUGAGCCGCCCUCAGCCCUGCCUUGGCCUCCCUUCCAUGCUGUGGCACCCAAAGUCCAGAGGGGGCUGAGGCGGCAGGGGGGUUGGCCUAUCAACACCACCCCAAGCAUGCACACAUCUGGCCAGAUCCAAACAGCGCUGGGGCUUGGCCACAACUUUGCUCUGAAAUUGAAGCAGGCGCUGGGAGUGAGGAGAAGCCAAGUAGCAGGAGCAGGCACUUCUGAGCCUGUAGGGGAAGAGGAGCCUCCUGGUCCCCAAGAGUGCCGGGACGCCCAGGUCCGCAACCAUGGCUGGGUGGCUGCAGCUACCCCUGGGAGGGUGGGGCUCCUGCCCCUCCCACUCAGAAAGGGGCGGGGCUCCUACCUGUCCUGGAUCCUGCAGGCUCCAUGGAGCAGGCAGCCCCAGGGGCACCUCCCACACGGCAGCCGGCGUCAUGGCAGCUGCUCCAGACAGGCCACCUCUGCCAUCACUUCCAAAAAGGUGAUAUCCUCAAUUAACACAUUCUGAAAAUAAGCAAACGAGAAAAGACAAUAGGGAAACGUCAUCUGUCUUGAUGUUUGUUCUAAGUAAACUGUGAAAAAAGUCAAAAUGAAAAUAGUUUCCCUUGAGAAACUAGCCACAGCCAUGUAGUCACAUGGUUUUGUGUGGGAAUUCAUACUAACCACAUGGUGGGGGAAGGCCUCACAAAAACAAAUAUAUAUAUAUAUACACAUACACACAUACACACACACACACACACACACACACACACACACACACACUCUGUCUGGAGAAAUGUACUUAAAAGCCAGAUCUAAAGGACAUACAGUAUGCAGAGAAAAAAGUAACUGAUACUUAAAAUUCUGUAUCCAGUAAAACUAUCUUUUAAGAAUAAGGUCAAAAUAAAGACAACUUCAGGCGCACAAAACUGAAAGAUUUUAUUACACAAAGAUCUUCAGUAAAGUAACUUUGAAAAGAUAUCCUUAAAGAUCUGCGAUGUAAGGUGAAUAAUGAGCUAAAAAAUGUAAACAUAUAAAAAUAAUAGGGAUUUAUAAAAGGGUAAUAAGAAUGAAUAAUUUGUGAGAUUAAAAAUUCAACAUUGAAUUAACUGAAGCAUCUACCAUUACGUAAAUUGAGUGAUCGAAAUUGAACCACUCUAAGAAGUUUGUAUUAUUCAGGAGAAAGAAAAAAGAUAUAUAACCUUUAAAAUUUGUUGUUACUUGAGUAUUUUCAAAUGUCUAGUAUAACCAUUAAAAACACAGAAAAAUACUUUACAUCUCCCAAACUAUCAGAGAAAAUGUAAAAUGGUGAGAGAGGAAAAUAAUUGAUUAAUCAUAAAACUAGCAAGGAAGAAAAUUAGAGAAGUGAAAAAAUAGAAAGUAGAAUAUAAGAUGGUUGAAAUUAAUCCAAAUAUAACAGUAGUCACAAUAUGUGUAAAUGAAAUUAUUUCUUCAUGAAGAACAGUGUUAGAAUUGACAAUAAAAUCCAAUUAUGUAUUGUUUACAAAAGACAAAGAUUAAAAACUGAGAACAAAGCAUAUUUACAUAUACGAUGUAAAUUACAUAUACAAUGUAAAUUACAUAUACGAUGUAAAUUACAUAUACUAUGUAAAUUACAUAUACUAUGUAAAUUACAUAUACUAUGUAAAUAUAAAUCAAAACAAGUCUUGUUUAGCUGUUAAUAAUAUAGAUAAAGAAAAUUCAUUUUAAGGCAAAAAGCAGCAUUAGUGAUCUUUGUCUUUUGGGAAAUCAGAUACUGAUAUAUUAUGUAAAUAUACAUCAAAAUAAGUCUAGUUUAGUUCUAUUAAUAACAUAGGUAAUAUAAAAAAUUCAUUUUAAAGCAAAAAGCAGCACUGGUGGUCUUUGUCUUUAGGGAAAUCAGAUACUGAUAAAUCUUUUAAUUUUGAAAAAUGAUAUAACAAGUCUUGGAUACAACUAUAAUGAAACUAUCAAAUAUAAGAAAAAUAUUGACAUAUCUACAUAAUAAUUGACAAAUCAUCUCUGAAUUUUAGACUUUCUAAUACUUCUCCCUCAGUAUUCUCUCAAGUAGACAAAAGAUAUUAAUAAAACUCUAGAAAAUUUGAACAACCCCAAAUUAAUGAUAUUGAUUCAAAGGACAUAUGCAGAAAACUCACACAACUAUUGCAAAAUACACAUUCUUUGUCAGCAUAAAUACUUAUAAAAAUUUAUUUCAUUUUAUUUUUUGAGAUGGAGUCUCAUUCUCUCACCCAGGCUGGAGUGCAGUGGCACGACCUUGGCUCACUGCAACCUCUGCCUCCUGGGUUCAAGUGAUUCUCCUGCCUCAGCCUCCUGAG